AUGUCUUCAGCCCAGAGGCAUCCACCUGUCCUCAUUUUGGAUGCACUGAUUGGCUCUCACACAUCAGCACUGGUUUCACUGACACAGGUAAAGGAAGCUACUGGAGUAUGUCCAGUAGACUGUCCGAUCACAUCGAUAACAUCACCGGCUGCGUCGUCUCUUCUGGUGAAAUGGAACAGUUUUACAGGAGCAACAAGUUAUUUACUGGACGCCAGGGUUGUGAAUUCAACCAGCAUUGCACCAGUAUUGGUUCAGAUCUCUUCAUCCAACACUGAGAGAGUGGUGCAAGGCUUGAGGCCAGGACAAAAUUAUCAAGUGACUUUAAAGGUUUACCAGUUUUAUUAUGUGAUCUGUAUUAGUUCACAGACAGGACAAACCGUUCCUGGCACUUCACAAAUAACAUUUUCCAAAGCGAUAUCGAGCACCUCAAUUCGCUUUGAAUGGUCGAAUGCAACCGGAGCAGAUAAAUACAUACUGGGAAUAGACAAAACAUUUUCUCCAUUUGAUCAUUUGGAAUACACGUUCCUCACAACGAGCGGACAAGUAAACAACCUCCAACAAUCCACAGCAUACAGCUGCUACGUUUAUUCAUCUAAUGCUGCAGGUCUUGGUGCCAAGAGUCUGGUUAAAACCAUUCGAACCUUGGUGCAGCCACCAAAUGGAGUGAAUGUGGUGAAACUAACUGACAGUACUGCUCGUGUUUCGUGGUUAAGCGUUUCUAGUGUACUGCUCUACCAGGUGACGGUCUCCGCCAAUAACAAAUCAGGGAUCCCACCUGUUAGUUGGAAUUCAACUACUCUUACUUUUGACAUCCCAAAUCUUGUUCCAUGUACAACAUACACUGUAGGGGUGUCGUCCAUUAGCAUGUUCCUGGAACCGGGAGAGCCUUCGAACGUCACCUACACAACUCCUGGCAUCUUACCAGUUACCGUAGUCUCAGCGGACUACAACUGCGUUACCGGUACUGCAUCUGUUAGCUGGGGUGCUGUAUUUGGCGCCACGUCGUACCGAGCAGUAGCUACGGAUGAUAAUGGCAUGACUCGUAACUGCACAUCCACGACCACCUCCUGCCAGGUCUCUAUGCUGUCCUGUGGAAGACAAUACACUGUGCGGAUCGUAGCCAUUGCUGACUGUGAAAGCACCUCAGGAGAAAGCUACACCUUUCAGACAGCAUCCUGCCCACCUCAUGGUGCCAGUGUAUACCGUGAGUGCUCCAGUAAUGUCAUCAUAUACUCCUGGAAUGCCACUGACAACACAGCUUACUACAUCGCCAUGGCUCAGGGCUCGGAUGGAGAGACGCGUGAAUGCCUCACUGAGGGCACCAGCUGUUACUUCACCAACAUGAACUGUGGGAAAAACUACACCUUUACUGUAAGCUCCACCUUCUCCGGAGGCCUGAACUGCAACAGCGGAAACACAGAGCCUGUGGCCGUCACCACAGCCCCAUGUUUGCCGCAAAACGUUCGGACCACUGCGGACUGUAGCAUUGGAACUGCUAUUGCUACUUGGGAUUUGGUUGAAGGAGCCAAGAGCUACGUUGUGGAGGCUCGCGGUAACCGCAGAGAUUUCUACAACUGUUCAAGUCAAGGCAACAGCUGUAUGCUAUCAGAUCUGGACUGUGGCGAGAGUUUGAGUGUGUGGAUCUUUGCCAAAAAUGAAUAUUGUACAACUGACGCAGUGCUUGGAGAAGUAGCAGAUACAGGUGAGUGUGACAACUUUUACCACAGUAUUACCAUUUACCGCAGUACUUUUUAUAAGAGUUUGCUUGAUGUGUCUCUCUCUGCAGUUCCUUGCCCUCCACAGAACGUGUCCGCUGCGAACACCUGUAGUUCAACCUCCGCCUCCAUGACGUGGCUCACCAGCAACGGUGCCGUCUUCUACAUUGCCGUGGCAACACACUCAGAUGGUACAGUGCACACCUGCAUUUCCAUGGCAACCGAGUGUGAGUUCCAGGGCCUGAGAUGCGGGGGGACCUACGAUGCUUAUGUUCAAGCAACAAACAUGCAUUGCAACAGCUCGGAGAGUGAUCACAUCACGCUGAAGACAGCCCCAUGCGCUCCAGCUAAUGUUGGAGUGGUCAAAGACUGUGGAGCAUCUCAGGCUACUGUGAGCUGGCAGACGUCUCAAACGGGUGGUCUGUACACAGCUGUACUUAAAGAUGCACUUGGACCCUCACUUAACUGCAGCACCAGCACUAACAGCUGCACCGUCCCGAACAUGCGCUGCGGGGCGAUCUACAAUGUCAGUGUCACGUACUAUAACGGUCAAUGCAACAGCCUGCCGUCCCCAGCCUAUCAGAUACCAUCAGUUCCCUGUCAGCCUCAAAAUGUCACAUCCACGCUCCAGUGUGAAACCAACACAGCUACGGUAACAUGGGGAGCUGGCGCAGGAGCAACUCCCUGUAUCCCUACUAAUGUCAUCGCCAGUCUAAACUGCACCAACAAAACUGCUUCCGUCACCUGGACUGGGUCGCUUGGUGCCACCGGGUAUCAGGUAAAGGCAGAAAGCAGCAUGGGGCACAGGACAUCCUGCAAUGCAACAAGCACACAGUGUGAUGUUACAGACCUGAGGUGUGGACAGCAAUACUCCAUCACUGUCGUGGCAAAGACUAUUGACUGUAUGGGUCAAUCUAGCCAGCCGGUUACUCUUGUCUCAGCACCGUGUCCCAACACUAAUGUUCAAGCCAGGCUGGACUGCCAGACCAACGCAGCGCUCAUCUCCUGGACACCAGGAAAUGGGACAUUGCGUUUUAACGCAACACUGCAGUCAUCCAGGGAUUUAAAUCAGCACAGCUGCACAACUAACAGCUCAUCCUGCAACAUCAGCUCACUGCAGUGCGGUGAACGCUACAACAUCAGCGUUACAGGAUAUGGUCAGACCUGCUCGUCAUGCUCUACAACCUCACUCUCAUUAGAUACAGCUCCAUGUGUUCCCACACAGGUAAAUGUGUCAAUGACCUGUCAGUCUGACAUAGCGUCUGUGUCCUGGACCGCCUCUGCUGGCCUCGUUUUGUAUUACAUCGCAACAGCAGAAAGCGCAAACGGACAAACGCUAACAUGCAACUCCAGCAGCACGUCCUGUAACCUCAGCGGCCUGAUGUGUGGUCGCGCAUAUAACGUGUCAGUCACAGCCGUAAGCGCAAACUGUACAGGGCAGCGUAGCGGAGUGUAUCUUCUUAAUACUGCACCCUGCGCUCCUGAGUCUGUGGUCAGUCAGCUGUUAGACUGUCAAACAGGUGCUGUUCGCAUCAGCUGGCAGUCAAGUAAUGGAUCACUGAGUUACUGCGCUAAAGCUGUAUCUACGGCUGGCAAUCUGACGUGUAACUCCACAUCCACAUCCUGCGUUAUUCCUGCCAUCAGCUGUGGACAAACCUAUAAUAUCACUGUGGCCGCUCAGGGCAACGGCUGUAUCGCCAAGAGUGUGACCAGUCAGAUAACAGCAGGACCCUGUCCACCCAGUUCAGUUUCUGCUGUAUUGUCGGACUGCUCUUCUAACACCGCCUUAGUGUCCUGGACCUCUAUACCUGGAGUUCAAUACACAGCGAGAGCCAAUGGCACCACGGGGUCCUCUGCUGGUGUUCAGUGUAAUACAACAAACUCAAACUGCACUCUUACCAAUCUACAGUGUGGCAGUCAAUACAACAUCAGCGUCACUGCCACCAGAAACAACUGUAGUAGUACAGCCAACAUGAUGUCCAACUUUACCACAGCACCGUGUGCACCGGUUCUGUCUGACGCUGUUCUGAACUGUAGUUCUCGGUCUGCUAAUGUGACGUGGUCCGGCUCAGUGUUGAGUGGAGUUGUGGUCUCUGUAAGUGCGGUGAACACUCAGGGUGUCCAGCUGGGCUGCGGACCUUUAAACGGUCAAUCCUGUGUAGUGGACGGACUUCAGUGUGGUCAGACGUACAUGUUUGCUGCAAACGCAACACAAGGCCAGUGCACCAGUACAAGCAACACACUGCAGAGACAGACAGGUAACAAGAGCAAUCUGUCACACAAACAUUCCUUUCAUUCUGCUUGGGAGGAACCAGGGAGGAGCCAGAAGAAGAAGCCUGAUGAAUGGCCAGGGAUCAGUCAGAGGAAGCCCCAGGGUGGAGUCACUGGAGGGAGGAGCCAUGGCGGAGAGAUGGGACUCGACACCCUGGAGAAGAGUGACGGUGACAACAGCCAUGUAUUAGGUGACCAGGGCGGAGCCAAGCAGACAGAGAGCCCAGGGGAAGCCGAGGUGGAGGAUUGGGGUCUUCGACGUCCUCUACGGUGUAUGACGAUCCGCAGGAUACCAGCACCCACUCCACAAUUUUGGCGAUGCCCCCUUGAGGACCCUCCCCGGACCACUGCACAUGGCAGUAGACCAGAAAGGGGUGUCAGGAACCAACAUAAGAAAUUCUUCUAUGUGUUCCUCGAGGGAGAGAUCUCCUUAGCUUCAGCCCCAUGCGCACCACAAAAUGUAACUGCCAAUUUGAACAGUAGCAGUAACACAGCAACAGUAACCUGGGGGAGUAGCCAAGGGGCCGUGCUUUACUCAGUAACAGCCAGCAGUGUUAAUGGCCAAUCAGUUAACUGCACCUCAGCGUCCACCUCAUGCGUCCUUUCACCUUUGGCCUGCGGACAGCAAUACACGAUCACAAUGAGGGCUGUAGGCACAAACUACAGCAGUGAAGCCAGUGCACCUGUACAGAUCCAAACAGCUCCAUGCCAACCACAAAAUGUAUCUGCCAAUGUGAACUGUAGCAGUAACACAGCAACAGUAACCUGGGGGAGUAGCCAAGGGGCAAUGCUUUACUCAGUGACAGCCAGCAGUGUUAAUGGCCAAUCGGUUAACUGCACCUCAGCGUCCACCUCAUGCGUGCUUUCACCUUUGACCUGCGGACAGCAAUACAUGGUCACAAUGAGGGCUGUGGGCACAAACUACAGCAGUGAAGCCAGUGCACCUGUACAGAUCCAAUCAGUGCCUUGCACCCCACAGAAUGUCCUCCCCACUGUGUACUGUGGAUUGAAGGCAUUAGUGGUUUCGUGGACACCUAGUGCAGGUGGACAGAACUACACAGCCACUUUACGGGACACAAGUGGCCUGUCCACCACUUGUCUGUCUUCAGGCUCGCAGUGUAAUAUCAUAGGGCUAAGCUGUGGUCAGGUGUACUCUGUUGUUGUGACCGCAUCAGAUAAUCUGUGCACCAGCGCUCCAAGUUCUGCCAGUACCCAGUCAGUUCCUUGUGCAGCCAGCUCCAUCAAUGCAACAUUGGACUGUGUGCGUGGGACAGCAACUGUCUCAUGGCAGAAUGGGACAGGAGCUCAGGGUUAUGCUGUAUCUGCCCUUUCAUCUCGUGGUAACAGGGCUACCUGUGUUUCUAACAGCUCCAUCACAAACUGUGUGCUGAGCUCUCUGCAGUGUGGUGAUGUGUAUACAGUGACCGUACAGACUCUUGGACAGACAUGCAAUGCCAGCGCACAGAUGACUGGCUCUCUGAUCACAGCACCCUGCGCUCCCGAGUCUGUGGUCAGUCAGCUGUUAGACUGUCAAACAGGUGCUGUUCGAAUCAGCUGGCAGUCAAGUAAUGGAUCACUGAGUUACUGCGCUAAAGCUGUAUCUACGGCUGGCAAUCUGACGUGUAACUCCACAUCCACAUCCUGCGUUAUUCCUGCCAUCAGCUGUGGACAAACCUAUAAUAUCACUGUGGCUGCUCAGGGCAAUGGCUGUAUCGCCAAGAGUGUGACCAGUCAGAUAACAGCAGGACCCUGUCCACCCAGUUCAGUUUCUGCUGUAUUGUCGGACUGCUCUUCUAACACCGCCUUAGUGUCCUGGACCUCUAUACCUGGAGUUCAAUACACAGCGAGAGCCAAUGGCACCGCGGGGUCCUCUUCUGGUGUUCAGUGUAAUACAACAAACUCAAACUGCACUCUUACCAAUCUACAGUGUGGCAGUCAAUACAACAUCAGCGUCACUGCUACCAGAAACAACUGUAGUAGUACAGCCAACAUGAUGUCCAACUUUACCACAGCACCGUGUGCACCGGUUCUGUCUGACGCUGUUCUGAACUGUAGUUCUCGGUCUGCUAAUGUGACGUGGUUUGGCUCAGCAUCGAGCGGAGUUGUGGUCUCUGUAAGCGCUGUGAAUGCUCAGGGUGUCCAACUGGGCUGCGGACCUUUAAAUGGUCAGUCCUGUGUAGUGGACGGACUGCAGUGUGGUCAGACAUACACGUUUGGUAUGAAUGCUACACAAGGCCAGUGCACCAGUACAAGCAACACACUGCAGAGACAGACAGCCCCAUGCCCACCACAAAAUGUAUCUGCCAAUGUGAACAGUAGCAGUAACACAGCAACAGUAACCUGGGGGAGUAGCCAAGGGGCCGUGCUUUACUCAGUGACAGCCAGCAGUGUUAAUGGCCAAUCGGUUAACUGCACCUCAGCGUCCACCUCAUGUGUCCUUUCACCUUUGGCCUGCGGACAGCAAUACACGGUCACAAUGAGGGCUGUAGGCACAAACCACAGCAGUGAAACCAGUGCACCUGUACAGAUCCAAACAGGAGGUUUUUUGUUUGAAGGAGAAGAGCUGAUCAAAAACCACACGCUUGAGAGUCUUGGCAAUGAAGGGAAGGAGGGACACCGCUCAUUGUUUUGUGUCAUUUAUCCAGCUCCAUGCCCACCACAAAAUGUAUCUGCCAAUGUGAACAGUAGCAGUAACACAGCAACAGUAACCUGGGGGAGUAGCCAAGGGGCUGUGCUUUACUCAGUGACAGCCAGCAGUGUUAAUGGCCAAUCGAUUAACUGCACCUCAGCAUCCACCUCAUGCGUCCUUUCACCUUUGGCUUGCGGACAGCAAUACACGAUCACAAUGAGGGCUGUAGGCACAAACUACAGCAGUGAAGCCAGUGCACCUGUACAGAUCCAAACAGCUCCAUGCCCACCACAAAAUGUAUCUGCCAAUGUGAACUGUAGCAGUAACACAGCAACAGUAACCUGGGGGAGUAGCCAAGGGGCGGUGCUUUACUCAGUGACAGCCAGCAGUGUUAAUGGCCAAUCAGUUAACUGCACCUCAGCGUCCACCUCAUGCAUCCUUUCACCUUUGGCCUGCGGACAGCAAUACACGGUCACAAUGAGGGCUGUAGGCACAAACUACAGCAGUGAAGCCAGUGCACCUGUACAGAUCCAAACAGCUCCAUGCCCACCACAAAAUGUAUCUGCCAAUGUGAACAGUAGCAGUAACACAGCAACAGUAACCUGGGGGAGUAGCCAAGGGGCCGUGCUUUACUCAGUGACAGCCAGCAGUGUUAAUGGCCAAUCAGUUAACUGCACCUCAGCAUCCACCUCAUGCGUCCUUUCACCUUUGGCCUGCGGACAGCAAUACACGGUCACAAUGAGGGCUGUAGGCACAAACUACAGCAGUGAAGCCAGUGCACCUGUACAGAUCCAAACAGCUCCAUGCACACCACAAAAUGUAUCUGCCAAUGUGAACAGUAGCAGUAACACAGCAACAGUAACCUGGGGGAGUAGCCAAGGGGCCGUGCUUUACUCAGUGACAGCCAGCAGUGUUAAUGGCCAAUCGAUUAACUGCACCUCAGGGUCCACCUCAUGCGUCCUUUCACCUUUGGCAUGCGGACAGCAAUACACGAUCACAAUGAGGGCUGUAGGCACAAACUACAGCAGUGAACCCAGUACACCUGUACAGAUCCAAACAGGAUCAUUUUGUGUCAUUUAUCCAGCUCCAUGCCCACCACAAAAUGUAUCUGCCAAUGUGAACUGUAGCAGUAACACAGCAACAGUAACCUGGGGGAGUAGCCAAGGGGCCGUGCUUUACUCAGUGACAGCCAGCAGUGUUAAUGGCCAAUCAGUUAACUGCACCUCAGCAUCCACCUCAUGCGUCCUUUCACCUUUGACCUGUGGACAGCGAUACACUGUCACAAUGAGGGCUGUGGGCACAAACUACAGCAGUGAAGCCAGUGCACCUGUACAGAUCCAAUCAGUGCCUUGCACCCCACUGAAUGUCCUGCCCACUGUGGACUGUGGAUUGAAUGCAUUAGUGGUUUCGUGGACACCUAGUGCAGGUGGACAGAACUACACAGCCACUUUAAGGGACACAAGUGGCCUGUCCACCACCUGCCAGUCUUCAGGCUCGCAGUGUAAUAUCACAGGGCUAAGAUGUGGUCAGGUGUACUCUGUUGAUGUGACCGCAUCAGAUAAUCUGUGCACCAGCACUCCCAGCACAACUGCCAAUACCCAAUCAGUUCCUUGUGCAGCCAGCUCCAUCAAUGCAACAUUGGACUGUGUGCGUGGGACAGCAACUGUGUCGUGGCAGAAUGGGACAGGUGCUCAGGGUUAUGCUGUAUCUGCCCUUUCAUCUCGUGGUAACAGGGCUACCUGUGUUUCCAACAGCUCCAUCACAAACUGUGCUCUGAGCUCUCUGCAGUGUGGUGAUACGUAUGCGGUGACCGUACAGACUCUUGGACAGACGUGCAAUGCCAGCGCACAGAUGACUGGCUCUCUGAUCACAGCACCCUGCGCUCCUGAGUCUGUGGUCAGUCAGCUGUUAGACUGUCAAACAGGUGCUCUUCGCAUCAGCUGGCAGUCAAGUAACGGAUCACUGAGUUACUGCGCUAAAGCUGUAUCCACGGCUGGCAAUCUGACGUGUAACUCCACAUCCACAUCCUGCAUUAUUCCUGCCAUCAGCUGUGGACAAACCUAUAAUAUCACUGUGGCCGCUCAGGGCAACGGCUGUACCGCCAAGAGUGUGACCAGUCAGAUAACAGCAGGGCCCUGUCCACCCAGUUCAGUCUCUGCUGUAUUGUUGGACUGCUCUUCUAACACCGCCUUAGUUUCCUGGACCUCUAUACCUGGAGUUCAAUACACGGCGAGAGCCAAUGGCACCGCGGGGUCCUCUGCUGGUGUUCAGUGUAAUACAACAAACUCAAACUGCACUCUUACCAAUCUACAGUGUGGCAGUCAAUACAACAUCAGCGUCACUGCUACCAGAAACAACUGUAGUAGUACAGCCAACAUGAUGUCCAACUUUACCACAGCGCCGUGUGCACCGGUUCUGUCUGACGCUGUUCUGAACUGUAGUUCUCUGUCUGCUAAUGUGACGUGGUCCGGUUCAGCGUUAAGUGGAGUUUUGGUCUCUGUGAGCGCUGUGAACGCUCAGGGUGUCCAGCUGGCCUGCGGACCUUUAAAUGGUCAGUCCUGUGUAGUGGACGGACUGCAGUGUGGUCAGACGUACACAUUUGGUGUGAACGCAACACAAGGCCAGUGCACCAGUACAAGCAACACACUGCAGAGACAGACAGCCCCAUAUCCACCACAGAAUAUCCAGUCCAUAACAAACAUCAGCAAUAAUACAGUGAGUGUGUCCUGGUCUAGCAGCAAUGGAACGGUUUCAUAUAGGACCACACUGGAAUGUUCAAAUGGACAGACAUACACAUGCAGGACUAAUACAACAGGAUGUGACAUCACUAACAUGCCCUGCGGACAGACCUGCGCAGUCAAGUCAGUGGCGGAGGGGACGACCUGCAACAGCACUAUUGGCAUUGGACCAAAUAUCACAACAGCUUCAUGCGCACCACAAAAUGUAUCUGCCAAUGUGAACUGUAGCAGUAACACAGCAACAGUAACCUGGGGGAGCAGCCAAGGAGUGGUGCUUUACUCCGUGACAGCCAGCAGUGUUAAUGGCCAAUCGGUUAACUGCACCUCAGCGUCCACCUCAUGUGUCCUUUCACCUUUGGCCUGCGGACAGCGAUACACGGUCACAGUGAGGGCUGUAAACACAAACUACAACAGUGAUGCCAGUGCACCUGUACAGAUCCAAUCAGUGCCUUGCAGCCCACUGAAUGUCCUGCCCACUGUGGACUGUGGAUUGAACGCAUUAGUGGUUUCAUGGACACCUAGUGCAGGUGGACAGAACUACACAGCCACUUUACGGGACACAAGUGGCCUGUCCACCACCUGCCAGUCUUCAGGCUCGCAGUGUAAUAUCACAGGGCUGAGCUGUGGUCAGGUGUACUCUGUUGAUGUGACCGCAUCAGAUAAUCUGUGCACCAGCACUCCAAGUUCUGCCAGUACCCAGUCAGUUCCUUGUGCAGCCAGCUCCAUCAAUGCAACAUUGGACUGUGUGCGUGGGACAGCCACUGUGUCAUGGCAGAAUGGGACAGGUGCUCAGGGUUAUGCUGUAUCUGCCCUUUCAUCUCGUGGUAACAGGGCUACCUGUGUUUCCAACAGCUCCAUCACAAACUGUGCUCUGAGCUCUCUGCAGUGUGGUGAUACGUAUGCGGUGACCGUACAGACUCUCGGACAGACGUGCAACGCCAGCGCACAGAUGACUGGCUCUCUGAUCACAGCACCCUGCGCUCCCGAGUCUGUGGUCAGUCAGCUGUUAGACUGUCAAACAGGUGCUGUUCGCAUCAGCUGGCAGUCAAGUAACGGAUCACUGAGUUACUGCGCUAAAGCUGUAUCCACGGCUGGCAAUCUGACGUGUAACUCCACAUCCACAUCCUGCGUUAUUCCUGCCAUCAGCUGUGGACAAACCUAUAAUAUCACUGUGGCCGCUCAGGGCAACGGCUGUAUCGCCAAGAGUGUGACCAGUCAGAUAACAGCAGGACCCUGUCCACCCAGCUCUGUCUCUGCAGUGUUGUCAGACUGCUCUUCUAACACCGCCUUAGUUUCCUGGACCUCUAUACCUGGAGUUCAAUACACAGCGAGAGCCAAUGGCACCGCGGGGUCCUCUGCUGGUGUUCAGUGUAAUACAACAAACUCAAACUGCACUCUUUCCAAUCUACAGUGUGGCAGUCAAUACAACAUCAGCGUCACUGCUACCAGAAACAACUGUAGUAGUACAGCCAACAUGAUGUCCAACUUUACCACAGCACCGUGUGCACCGGUUCUGUCUGACGCUGUUCUGAACUGUAGUUCUCGGUCUGCUAAUGUGACGUGGUCCGGCUCAGCAUCGAGUGGAGUUGUGUUCUCAGUCAGUGCUGUGAACGCUCAGGGUGUCCAGCUGGCCUGCGGACCUCUAAACGGUCAAUCCUGUGUAGUGGACGGACUGCAGUGUGGUCAGACGUACACGUUUGGUGUGAAUGCAACACAAGGCCAGUGCACCAGUACAAGCAACACACUGCAGAGACAGACAGCCCCAUAUGCACCACAGAAUAUCCAGUCCAAAACUAACUGCGGCAAUAACACAGUGAGCGUGUCCUGGUCCAGCAGCAACGGAACGGUUUCGUAUAGGACCACACUGGAAUGUUCAAAUGGACAGACAUACACCUGCAGGACAACUGCAACAGGAUGUGACAUCACUAACAUGCCCUGCGGACAGACCUGUACUGUCAAGUCAGUGGCGGAGGGGGCGACCUGCAACAGCUCAAUUGGCAUUGGACCAAAUAUGACAACGGUGCCGUGUGUACCUGCUCAUGUUCAGGGCAGUGUGGACUGUACAUCUGGAAACAUCUCUCUGUCCUGGAAUCAAAGCGUGGGUGCUGUUUCCUACACCGCGACUGCUCAGGGUAACGGUGGCUAUGCUUCAGUAUGUAACAGCACUGGACCAGCGUGUGUCUUCUCAAAUCUGCUGUGUGGGAUGAACUACAGUUUCUCUGUGAGUGCGUCUGAUGGGACCUGCAGUACCGCACCGAGCCAAUCCAUCCUGCUGACGACAGUCCCCUGUAAGCCACAGAAUGCGAGCGCCCAGCUGAACUGCAACACAAACACUGCUGUUGUGACAUGGGAGCCCAGUGAUCGAGUUUUGAGUUACAUAGUUAAAGCCAGCAGCCCUGACGGACAUCAAAUCAACUGCACAAGCUCCAACUACAGCUGCACAUUACCCAGCAUGCACUGCGGUCAGAACUACAACGUCACUGUCGCAGCCCUGAUUGGAGGUUGUUGCAACAACAAAGCAAACUUCAUUCUGCCAUCAGCUCCGUGCGCUCCUCUGAUGGUUAAUGGUACACUGGACUGUGUCACCAACUCCGCAUGGGUUUCUUGGAAUCUGGACAAUGGUACCGAGUCUUACUCUGUGCUGGCUGUAUCGAGUGAUGGUCAAAUUCGUAACUGCUCCACCUCAAACUCCAGCUGUAAAGUGGCUGACCUUGGCUGUUCAAAGAUCUACAACUUUUCUGUCACAGCCACAACCGGUUCCUGUCAGAGUCCAGCCAGCAGCAGCUUUCAACUGGAGACAGGGCCUUGUGCUUUGUCAUCUAUCGUGGCGGUGACUGAAUGUCAGAGUAGUGUUAUCCAGGUACAGUGGCAAAGAGCACCGGGAGGAAAUUCACUCUACGUUGCCACAGCAGAGGGUCAAGACCGCUCCAUCAUUUCCUGCAAUAGCUCCACCUCUUCCUGUAACCUUACUGGUGUGCGAUGUGGCAUGGAGUACACCAUCAUCGUGUCUGCAUCCUCCAACCGCUGCAGCAGUCUGCGCAGCCCAACUUACAAAAUCAGCACAGUGCCCUGUCAGCCUACACCUGUAGACGCCCAUACAGACUGUCAGACAAAUAAUGUGUCUGUGUCAUGGCAGCCGUCAUACGUGGCAAAGAAGUACACGCUUACUGUGGUCGGCAGAGCUGGAGACGUGACAAGACAUUGCACCGCGGACAGUAACUUCACCCUGAGUGAUCUUCGCUGCAGCGAUACAUAUUAUCUCUCUGUUUCAGCCAGUCGUGACAACUGUACCAGUCUGCCCAGUACUAACAUCACAUUUAAUACAGUGCCAUGUAAGCCAGCCAACUUGACAUUAGCGGUAAAUUGUGUGAACGGCAGUGCUUUGUUGUCAUGGAGACAAAGUACAGGUGCAGUGUCUUACACGGGACUCGCUCAGUCUACCAAUGGCACAGCAAUCCAAUGUCAGAGCACCAACACUUCUUGUAGUCUGCAGGGUUUAGUGUGUGGCAGAAUCUACAACUUCACAGUCCAGGCAUCAGAUGGCAUCUGCAACAGUUCAGUCAGUGACACACUAACCAGGGGAGCAGUUCCCUGUCCUCCAGCUGGUUUGAGAGUGAUUCCUAAUCCUUAUACGGUAGUGAAUGAAACUCAGAUCUUGAGGGCGUCCUGGCUCACUGGUAAUUGUCCUAAUUCUGAAUACCUCCUGCAAAUGAAAGGCGGCUUUCUGGGCGACCCCCAGGCACUAUAUGAAGUCGCUUCCUAUUGGACGAGCCGCACGUUCUUCGAAGUUCCCCUCCCAUGUGGUUCUUCAUACAACGCAACAAUCAGGGCUAAGAACUGUGCUGGCUCGAGCGUUGAGUCCUCCGCUGUCUCUGGAACCACAGUGCCUUGUGCUCCUGUAAAUGUCAAGUACACUCAAACGACAGUGGAAUGGAGUGCAUCUAUAUAUGCCACAAAUUACACCGUAUAUCAAGUCAAUUCAACCAUCAGGACACAGAUCUGUGUGACCUCACAGCUCUCCUGCGCUGUCACCAACAUGGGCAGCGGUGCCAUCAUCGUAACUGCUCGCAACUCUGCUGGAGAGAGCCAAGACUCACUGCCUGCUUCAUUAAAGCUUUAAUGUGUGAUACACUGUAACACUAUAGUUUAAAACGCUUACAUAAACUCUUUCUCUGGCUUUGUGUACUUUAGAUGCAAUAUUUGAAAAUAUAUCUAUAUAUACAUUCCUGUUUUUGUACACGAGCAGAUUAAUAUUAAAUAUAAAGAGCAUUUCUGCAUGUGAUUCGUGUUUAAAUUAUGAAUUAAAAAUGUAAAGCUCAUGUGAAAUAAAUGACCAUAUACAAAAAUCA